AUGGCUCUUGCUAAGCUAAAGGAGUUGAAGGAUCAGCUGAAAGACUUGGUGGAUAAAGGAUUUAUCAGGCCUAGUGUUUUGCCAUGGGUCCUUCAUGUUCUUCGAGAGAAGGAACUUUACGCAAAGUUCUCUAAGUGUGAGUUCUGGUUGAGCUCUGUGGCUUUCCUAGGCCAUAUCAUAUCAAAUUCCGGCAUUAUGGUUGACACACAAAAGAUUGAGGUUGUAAAGACUUGGCCCAGAUCCAUGACUCCGACUAAGGACAUGUUGACGUCAACACCAGUUCUAGCAUUGCCAGAGGGUUCAGAGGGCUAUGUGGUGUAUUGUAAUGCCUCUGGUUUUGGGUUGGGAUGUGUUCUAAUGCAACAUGGUAAGGUUAUCACAUAUGUUUCAAGGCAGUUGAGGAAGUAUGAGAAGAACUAUUCGACCCACGAUUUAGAGUUUGCUGCAGUUGUGCCUGCGUUAAAGAUCUGGAGACACUGUUUGUAUGGCAUUCAUGUUGAUAUUUUCACAGAUCAUAAAAGUUUUCAAUAUAUCUUUAGACAGAAGGAGUUAAAUCUUUUGUCCUAUUUAAGUGUUGAGAAGCGGGAGCUAGCGCGAAAGCUUCAUCAGUUAGCUAGCUUGGGAGUCAGAUUGUUAGAGGCAGACGAUAGUGGGGUCACAAUUCAGGACACAUCCGUAUCAUCUCUAGUUGUAGAGGAGAUCUAUUGGUGGCACAUGAUGAAGAAGAACGUUUCUGAGUUUGUGGCACAGUGUCCUAACUGCCAACAAGUGAAGGUUGAGCACCAAAAGCCCGCUGGGCUUGUUCAGGAGAUAGCCAUACCCUUAUGGAAGUGGGAAGCAAUUAAUAUGGAUUUUAUUACAGGGUUACCUCAAAUGCGUCGCAAGUUUGACUCUAUUUGGGUUAAUCUUAGUACAGCCUUUCACCCUCAGACAGAUGGCCAGGCUGAGCACAUAAUUUUGACACUGGAGGAUAUGUUACGAGCGUGCGCGCUGGACUUCAAAGGAAGUUGGGAUGACCACUUGCUUCUUAUUGAGUUCACAUACAAUAAUAAUUAUCAUUCCAACAUCGGGAUGACACCUUAUGAGGCUUUGUAUGGGUGA